AUGUCGAAAGAAGAAGCGAAAGGUGUAAAAAGGUCACCGUCUCCAGCAGAGAUUAAUCCUCUUUUGACACCUAAACUAAGAGAUUCAUUGGGAUUUCGAAUGAAAAGACAAACUAUAGACAAGAGAACUCUAACAGCAUAUCAACAACUCGGAGGAGAAGAAUCGAAUGAUGAUACAAAUACGUUAUCUAAGACCAAAACCAUUCACGAAGAAGAAGCUGAAGGAGCAAGUUAUACUAUUGACGGAAGACUCCGAAGAGUUAAUCCGUAUUUUUUCACUUAUUUGACGUACUGUAAGAUGAGAUGGAGAGAUAGGAAAUUGCUUGAUAUCUUCGUUAAAGAAUUUAGAGAUAGAGAUGCUGAUUUUUAUAAGAAGACGAUUGCAGCUGGGCAGGUUACUUUGAAUAAAAAACCUGCUGACUUAGACAGUAUAGUAAGGAAUGGAGAUUUAAUUAGUCAUAGAUGUCAUAGACAUGAGCCGUCAGUGAGUUCUCGUGGAAUAAAAAUUGUGCAUGAAGAUGAGAAUAUUAUAGCGAUUGACAAGCCUUCGGGAAUUGCAGUACAUCCUACAGGAAGAUAUCGUUAUAAUACUAUAACAAAAAUUUUUCAACACGAAUUUGGAAAAGUCGUACACCCAUGUAAUCGAUUGGACAGAUUAACAAGUGGCUUAAUGUUCUUAGGUAAGAAUGCCAAAGGUGCUGAUGCCUUUGUCCAACAAAUAAGAGAUAGAACAGUUAAAAAGGAAUAUAUUGCUCGAGUGGUUGGGAAGUUUGAUAUCGGAGAUGUUGAGGUAGAUAAGCCAUUAAAAACCGUUUCUCCUAAGCAUGGAUUGAACAGAGUUGAUUUCGACGAGGGAAAAGAAGCGAAGACGGUAUUUAGAAGAAUAUCAUAUGAUCCAGAAUCAGAUACAUCUAUUGUAAAAUGCUUUCCAUUUACUGGAAGAACUCAUCAAAUUCGUGUGCAUUUGCAAUAUAUUGGACAUGCGAUUGCUAAUGAUCCAAUGUAUUCUAACGCAACUGUUUGGGGAAAAAAUUUAGGUAAACAUGGAGAAGGAGAGAAUGCAGACAUAAUAAGUAAAUUAGAUCGUAUUGGUAAGGAUAAGGCUUCAUCAACUUGGAUACAUCCUCAGGAAGAUGGAGAAAUUUUAUCUGGUCAUCUAUGUGAUAUCUGUAGUGCCGAGUUGUAUACUGAUCCAGGUCCAAAUGAUUUAGAUUUAUGGUUACAUGCUUAUAAGUAUGAAGCAGCUGAUAAAACAUGGUCAUACAAAACAGAAUACCCAGAAUGGGCUACUCUGCCUCAUAGGAAAUACAUGGAAUUAGCAUUAGAAAUGGCCAAUAAAUGUGGUGAGACGCAAACACAAUUUAAUGUGGGUGCAGUUUUAGUGAAUAAUGGUGAAGUCUUAGCAACAGGUCAUUCUCGUGAAUUGCCUGGUAAUACUCACGCAGAGCAGUGUGCAUUAGAAAAAUAUUUCGAACAAACUGGAAAAAGGGAAGUUCCUGCUGGGACCGAAAUAUAUACUACUAUGGAACCAUGCUCCUUGAGAUUGAGUGGUAACUUACCAUGUGUUGAUAGGAUUUUAGAAACAAACAUUAAAACAUGUUUUGUUGGUGUUGUGGAGCCAGAUAUCUUCGUCAAGAAUAAUUCAGGGUACACUAAGUUGACGGAGCGUGAUGUAGAGUAUAUUCAUAUCCCAGGAUACGAAGAGCUUUGCUUGAAAAUUGCUAAAAAAGGACAUGAAAAGAUUGAAUAA